AUGGAUGAUGCCGGUGAUCUAGAAGAUGCUCACCUUUGCAUAAAAUGUAGGCAGACAAUAGUUGGUUUAGAGAAUUACAUACAACACCGUAAAGAAAAUUGUCGCAAUUGCACUAAUCCGUCGACGCGUAAUGAAGAAGGAAAACUUUCAUCUGGAAAGGUUGCCAGCAAUGAAGAACAAACUUCUACGGUCACGACAAGUAUAACUUAUGAGGAUUUUCACUUUACUGGACCAGAAUCAGCAACUAUCUCAAGAUACGGCGGAAAAUCGACCGAAGCAAAAACCCUAACAGAAAAUUAUGAGUUGCCAUGCGAGUUAGGCGCCGAUGUGUUUUUUUCUUCCCUACAAUUGCAAAGCGUACAGACUUCGGUAAGCAGUCAUCACCUUUCCGCUAACGCAAUAGGUAAAAGUGCUAACACUAACGUAUCAGGACAACGCCAGAAACCGUUACAAGGAAACGUGUCGGUAGAAGAAAGCUGGAUAGUUUCUCCGCAUACAGCAAACAGUAAUCAGCAACAUAGUGAAAAUUUGCUUAAAGCAGUUAGCGAUAUAGGCGAGCCGAAAAAAUCUUUUGAAACUUUAUUUAAACCUAUAAACUUCGAACAUGACUCGCCUGAAGUAAGCGAUGAUGAAGAGGAAGACGACGUUGAAGUUGAUAUCGAUGAUGAGGACGAUGAGGAUUAUGAUCCAAUGGUAGAAGCUCAUGCAACGGGUGGCAAAUGGAAAUUAACGUCGCCUUUAAGACACUCUCCACCUGUAGUGCCAGCGUCUCAUACUGGUGGUAAAUGGAAACCGGAACAUCGUCCUGAUCUUAGAGUAGCACAUACUCAACUGACCCGCCUUUCUCCCAAUUGGGAUGACCAACUGGACGAUGUGGAUGGCAACGAAGGUCAACAUCCACCUUCUCAUCAUACCAAAGGCAAAUGGAUACCAGGCACUAAGUUACAACGCUUGGAAUACAAAGAGGCUGUUGAGUUGGGCAAGGCUGCGAAAAAUCAAGAGUAUUGGUGCAAUAUAUGUUGCCGAAAGUUAAAAAGUAAAGCCAUCUACGAGAAUCACCUCAAAACCAAUUACCAUAUAAAGCGUGCGGAACCAGAACAACAAUUGGAAAAAGCUGUCAUUGAAGAACUGCCGCUGGCUGACUUAACUAAGAGUUUCAUUUUUCAAGAAGAUAAAACAGAUAAUUAUCAAACUGGCAUUGUCCAGCAAUAUAAAUAUCAACAACAGCACAAGGUUAAGAAGAGAAAACGCCGUUCCACAUAUCUGAAAUGUAAUUUAUGUAAACACGUUAUGUCUCGUCAUCUGAUAGGAAAGCAUUUAAUUUCGCAUUAUCAUUAUCGUCGAAUGCAAAUGUAUCCCCACCUUUCUUUGCCUAUGAUUUUGGAUAAUAUACACUCGGUGAUUUUACAAUCGCCUUUUCAAUGCCGGCCAUGCCGUUUCUACGCCAAUACUGAAGAGACUUUCUUAAUGCAUUGGAAUUCGGCUUUACAUCGCGACUCGUCAGAAGGACCCGGCCAAUUUUGGUGCAGUUAUUGUCAAUUCGAAUGUGAAGACAACAAUCAAAUGCGCCGUCAUUUAUUGGGACCUGAACAUCAGGAGGUUAUAUUUGCCAUCAAUCGUUCAGUGCCUAUUUGUAUAAGCAAACGUCUUAGCUUAGAUUGUUCAAAGUGCGGUAAACAUUUUCGCUAUAACUUCGAACUACGUAAGCAUGUAUUAACGUAUCAUCCGGGCACUGAGCUCACAGGAUCAGUUGCCGACGAUUAUCAAUCCCGUUUUAAGUGUGACGUUUGUUCCGAAGUUUUGUAUUCGCAGAUAGCCUUGCAACGUCAUGAAAAAUUCAAACAUUGCAUUUCAAAGUAUUUCUGUUCCAUUUGUAAUAUGGAAUUUAAUAGUCCGUGCAAGGCUAGACGACAUCGAAAAUCUGUUGAACAUAAAAGAAACUCAUCCACGGUUAUGAGUAAAAAAAAUAAACCAACAAUGGCGGCCACCAAACUAUUUUUCCCGCGAAACGCUGAAACGAGUGAAACUGCACUUCCUGCUUCAGAAGAUGUAACGCGGAUUAAAAGUAUUGCUUUGAAAAUGUUGAGCAAAGAAGAAUUACGGAACGAUGAAUUACCAUGCACAAGCAGAGAAGCAAAAGCCAGAGAUGAGAUCGAAAAGACUGCGAAAGAAAUAAAAAUUCAAAAAUGCAAAGACUGCACCUACGUCUGCAAUAACGGAGAAGAAUUAAAAGCUCAUCGAAAUGAGCAUCAUUCAUUAUUAAUUCACAUUUGUAUGAGCUGUGGUGAGAGCUAUCCCACCGCUCAGGCAUUGGGUAGACAUACCCGAAAAUGUACACCAUCGAAUCCUCGAGAAAGAAAGGAUAUCGCAAAUAUCAAGAACACAGAAGAAGAGCGAGAAACUUUGCAAUGCGACGAAUGCAAUUUCAGAGCUACUUAUAAAUCUGAAUUGCUAUACCAUCGUCUCUAUCAUACCUACGGUGUUAUGGGCAAAAAUCAACUUAUCAAAUGUCCCCUAUGUGAGAAGACAUUUCGUAAGCAUUCGUUGCGAUGCCAUUUGCGUCAACAUACUAAUGAGAAAAUAUUCAAAUGCAAUUUUUGCAAUUUGCAAUAUUCGCGACGUCAUAAUCUCAAAGAUCAUGUCAAAAAAUCUCAUUCGAAUGAUUCAAAGCAGGAGUCGAAGGAAUAUGAGAAUGCACUUAAAACCUCACAACCCACGUACCAAUGUGAUAAUUGUGACAAAAUAUAUAAAAGCAAAUAUUCGUUAAAAAUGCACUCAUUGUCUCAACAUAUUGUCUCAUCGCAGCGGCCGUUUGCUUGCCCUCUGGAGAAUUGCGCUUAUGCUACCACCACCAAAUCCCUGUUAAAAAUUCACUCGGCUUCGCAUUCAACGGAAAGUUUUCAUUGCGAGCAUGAAGAUUGUAGCUAUGUAGGAAAGAGUGAGUUACACAUGAAACGGCAUUUACUGUCACACACUCCGGCUAAUAGCGAAAACAAACUGUAUGCCUGCCCCAAAUGCCAUUUUAAGGCAAAAACAAAAAAUCAUCUCGAGCGUCAUAUUCGGUCUCACACCGGUGAUAAACCAUAUCCAUGUCCAUAUUGUCAAUUCCGUAGCAGUUCUUUGGAAAAUCUACGCAAACACAUCUUAAAGACUGGCAAACAUCCAGACAAAUUUAUGUAUGAAUGUCAACUGUGCUCAAAAAUGUUGUCAACCGCCAACAACGCUUCAAAAGCUGACGAAAUAUUUAAAACAAAUUCACACCAAGCAUAUCAACAGCAUCUGAAGACACAUAUAUAA